ACAUUUCUCACCACCCCACCUGGCCACUGUCGGUUUCCUCCCGACUUGAUCGAGCUCCCCCCAGAUCCUCAGGCGACACGGGGACUAGCCUGAGGAAGCGUCAGGUUGAAGUCAAACAGCAGGUCCGUUGUAACAGAGACCCGUCGCCAUGGACCCUUCAGAGCUCCCAUCGCCGUACGAUAUACCAGGUGGCACCGCCGGAUUCGACGACGCGGAUGGACGGUCAGGAUUCCCUGGCUCGGUUCCGAUGUAUCCUCCUCCUCCGCAUCAUCAUCUUCCGUAUCACCAUCCAGUCCCGUUGGUUGAGGCCGAUCGGUACGCCGUGAAUUACGGCGUGCAUCCCGCCGCUCAUUCCGCCGCACAUCACGGCGUGAAUCACUCGCUAGUCGUGAAUGUGGAUGAGGAUGAUGAGGAGGAGGAGGGGGAGGAGGAAGAAGCGGCUCGACGUCGCGAUGCUGACGUGGCAGGGCGAGCGGAAGCGCAGAUUACGGAGGCGUCGAGAUACGAAAUCCCGCAAAACGCGGUAUCGCCUUUCGAGGCGUCUCAACUACAGCCGUACGGUUUCAGGUCUGAGUACGGUGUUAGGUCCGAGUACGGUUCGCAUGGCGCCAGUGACCCGCAUUCGGGGCCAAUAGCGGGGGUGCAUCAUCCGCACUUUCUAUACACGCACCCUCCUUAUAUGCACAUCCCGUUCCAUGCACAUCCGAAUGCUGGUUCCCCGGGACCCAUGCCUCUCCCAUACCACCCCUCGCGAUCUCUGGUUACAAGUUACAAUGCGGGUUACCACCAUCACGGUCCGCCGGCGCCGCCCCCGGCUCAUGUGAUGCAUCCUGGACCGUUGGAUCCGGUCAUGGGGAUUCAUCACCAUGGCACGAUGGAGCAUCCAGAAUCUUUGGAGCAUCAUCAUGGGUCCAUGGAGCAGGCAUCUGGUUCAUACGGGGAGAUAGGCAUGAGUCAUCAUUAUCACCACCACCACCAUCAGCACCAUCACCACCAUCACCAUCACCAUCCCGGCGUGGGGGGUAUGAUGGGGUUAGAUCCAUGGCCGGCGCGUUUACCGCCGCAGAUGGCGCCGCAAAUGGCGCCCCCAUUACCAGAGCACUUGAUGCUGGAAUCGGGCCAGGAGUGUGGGCCCGAUGCUGACGUGGCGUUGAGGCAAGAGAGGGAGCGUGAUGUGCUGGCAGCGGAGACAGAAGCUGAAGUGGUGGUUGAUGCAGUGGGGUAUGACUAUAUCGAGGAUGAGCAUCAAGCCCCGGAUCAGGGACUCGUUAUAAGACAGAACGUGCAGGACGCGGACGAAUUCAAGCAGUUAGAAAUGCAAGUAGAGAGUCAAACUAAUUCGGUAGAGGGCGGAGCGCCAGCUCAGGUGCAGGGGCACAGGUAUAUCUUUGAGGCAUCUCAAAAACAAGUGCAAGUGCCGGGGCACGGGUAUAGAUACGCCCAUGCGCAUGUGCAAAGGAGUGAGCAGGACUUGUACGAUACAGAGCCUAUAACGGAGCACGGGGAUGGGGGUGCGGAUGGGGAGGGGGAGGGGGAGGGGGGGGCGGAGGGGGGGAAGGAGCAGGCGGGCGGGCAAGGGGAGGAUAUUGAGCUUAGAAUAGAGGUCGAGGGGGAGGGGGACGAGGGGAUUCAGGGGGAAGGGGAUGCGGAAAGGGAAGGGGGAGUGGUGGGGGAAAGGGGAAUGGAAGACGAAGGGGGAAAGGAGGGGGGAGGAGGAAUGGAGGGGGAAGAGGGGCCGGAGAUUGACCUGGAGAUUGUAAUGGGAGAUGCUGAGCUGGAUGACGCGGAGAUAUUCGUGGAACAGCUGGCCGCUGACGUGGCGAACGCUCACGCACCAGAUGUCCACGUGGCAGGCGUUCAGUGCGACGCCUUGCACGAGGAUGUAUCUGUGCCACGGUAUGUUACAGGGUUACCAGACGGCGAGGCUAAUGCGAGGGAGGCUCCGGCAGUAGAGGAAAGUGGCUUGAGGAAAGGAAUAGCAGGAACACAGGUAGCACCUGAAGCAGCAGAAGAACGGGUAACACCUGAGGGAGGUUCUCCUGAAUUUGCAGGAGAGGGAGCGCUGGUUGGGCAAGACUUUGCAGCUGUGCAGGGACAGCAGAAUAUAGCAGUGCAGCAGCAAGGAGAGGCAGGGAGGAGAGCGGCCGUAUUCACGGUUUUAGCCGCAGAUGUGGAAGCAGAAGCGGGACCAGCUGUAGCAUCAGCAGCCGUAGAGGUGGUAUCGUCAGCAGCAGCAGCUGUAGCAGCAGCAGAAGCGGCGGUGGCGGCAGCAGCGGCAGAAGCAGCUGCUGAGGCAGUAUCGCCACCAGCCAUAGUCUCAGCUGCUCCAGAAGCAGCAUUGGCAGAGCCAGAUGUGCCAGUAAUACAUGCUCCUCUAGAGGAUGCGCCAAUAAUAAACGAGCCUUUAGCGGACGCGCCAAUAGCAGACGUGCCUGUGAACGACGUGCCAGUACACAGAGAGAAGGUGCAGGAUGGGCCAUUGGUAGAGCAGUCAGGUACGAGCUAUGGCAGGCGAGCGGCUUCUGAUUUACAGGCGGAAAGAGUGGCGGCUACCCACUCACGAGCAGACAAACGAGCAGUCCCUCUUCCGCGAGCAGACAGAACACGGAUAUUCGAUUCCCAGGCAGUAGUUGCCGGCACAGUGGAGCAUGCCAUGGCUGUGGCUGGAAGAGAGAAAUCCGCAGUUGUGGCGGCACGAGAUAUGGAGCAAUCGGCGGUUGCGGCGUCUCAAAGCACAGGAGCGGGGCUGGCUUGUGCGGUUGAGAGGACUCCUGAGUCGGCUCGACCGGAGUCAGGCACAGGUGAUGGCAGCGAGAGAGGGGGAGAAGAAGGAGCGGAGGGGGUAGCACCUGCAGUGGCAGAAGAAGCAAUGGCAGUCUCGGCAGCCCCCAGACGUGAAGGGCUAAGAACAGCAGCUGUGGUUGGGGUAGAGGGACGAUUGGCAUUAGACAGGGGGGCAGCCGCUCCUACUGCUGCUGCUGGAGCAACAGAAGCAACCUCAAGAGCAGAAGUUGCAGUGGGAGUAACAGCAGCAAUGGUUGGGACGGAGCGUGUUAUGGGAGUGAUGGUUCCAGUGGCGCUGCCAGCAGCAACGCCACUAGCGGUAGCAGCAGCAGCAGCACCCGCACCACCACCAGUAGCAGCAUCAGCACCAGCAGCAGAAGCAGCAGCAGCCGCAUCACCAGCAGCAGCAUCACCAGCAGCAGCGGCACCACCACCACCAACAUCACCAGCAGCAGCAGCAGCAGCAGCACCACCACCACCAACACCACUGUCACCACCAGCAGAGGCACCAGAAGCAGUACCGCUACCAGCAGCGGCAGCAGCAGCAGCAGCAGCAACACUAUCGUCAAUACCAGCACCCGCGACACCAGCGGCAGCAAUGGCAGCAACGGCAACAGCAGCACCUGUAGUAGUGCCACUAAGCAGUGCCCCUACUGGCGUGUCUUUGACGCUUCACACAACAUCAGCACUAGCACCACUACCAGCACCAGCGGCAGCAACGGCAGGGACGGUAGCAACGGUAGCACCACUACCAGCACCAGCGGCAGCAACGGCAGCGACGGUAGCAACGGUAGCACCAGUACCAGCACCAGCGGCAGCAACGGCAGCGACGGUAGCAACGGUAGCACCAGUACCAGCACCAGCGGCAGCAACGGCAGCGACGGUAGCAACGGUAGCACCAGUACCAGCACCAGCGGCAGCAACGGCAGCGACGGUAGCAACGGUAGCACCAGUACCAGCACCAGUGGCAGCAACGGUAAUGGCAGCAGCCGCAGCAGCACCAGCAGCACGAUCACCACUACCAGCACCAGCAGCACCAGUGGCAGCAACAGCAGCAGCAGUACUAGUAGUAGCGCCAUUAAGCACAGCCCCGAUGGUUAUGACUUCUACACUUGAAGAAACCUCCACGGCAGCAACACUAUUGCCACUAGCGGCACCACCGGCACCACCGGCAGCAAUGGCAGCAAUGGUAGGACCAGUACUGGCACCAGCGGCAGCAACGGCAGCAGCAGCACCAGCAGUAGCGCCGCUAAGCACAGCCCCAAUGGUCGUGACUUUUCCACUUGACAAAGCUGUAGUAGAAGUGCCGAGCCUAACCACAGCGGUGCCGAGCCUAACCACAGCGGUGCCGAGCCUAACCACAGCGGUACCGAGCCUGACAGCACCGAAGGCAAGAGGAGCAGUAGCACCAAAAGCAACUGCAGCAGCAAGAGCAAAAGCAGUUACAAAAGUAAAAGCAGCAGCAGGCUCGAUGGCAACAGCUGGGGUAGUAUCAGCACGACAGGAAGGAGGAGGAGGAGGAGGAGCAGCAGCAGCAGCAGGAGGCAUAUCUGCACUGGGUAAAUCUGCUGCAGCUAUGGUUGCUAGAGCAGGGCCGGCCCCCCAAGUAGGAGGGAUAUGCAUAUCUGCACAAGGAAGGUUCGCUGCAGCUGCAGUAGCUAAUGCAGCAGCACCCCAAGUAACGCUUGCUGCAGGUACACUAUCUGGGACAGUUUCUAGUCCAAGCGGGGCGGUUUCAACUGCAGCAUGGCCCGUUUCAACUGCUCACGGGACAGUUUCAAGUGCAGCUGGAACGGUUUCAUCUGCAAUUGCAACUGUUCCGGGUCAGAAGAUGACACCUGAGGAGCUGGAAAUUGACAUGAGGGAUUUCCUGAGCAACAGAGCCAGGUGGGGCCAGGUGGAGAAGGGAGGCGCGUCCAUUGCCCACCUGAGAAUCUACCUGAGGGGUCUGCGGCGAGAAGGCGACCCAAAACUAGAGCAUCUACAAGACAUGUUUCUGGCCCACGGGCUCACUCUAGAGGACAUCAAACUGGAGAUGCUCUCAGUGGUGCAGCUCUUCGCCACUCUAGUCAGCCCGGUGCGCACAGGCGCCAAGAACAAGCCCAAGCUUCUCACUAUCAUAGCCACUUCUGAGCCUUGGAACCGCCCCCACGCCAUGGAGAAACGCCUGGCUGCCGCGGCGAUCACCGGGCCUGUCCCGGGCCUGCCGCCGGAGCUAGCUGCCGCGGCUGCGGCGCAGGUUCGGGUGGGCGAGGAGGAGGUUCGACGGUAUGGGGGGAUGUUGGAGCGGUUUCUGGGGAGUCCUAGGGAGUGGAACCUGGUGGAUCACAGGGGGGAGUUUCAGUUCAACGCUAUAUUUGCGUUUCUGCGCAAGGCGCAUGUGUGCGAGCCGCUGCUGCUGCAGCACUACCAGGGGCUCUUCUUCGCUCACUUCCUGACGCUCUACGACCUCCGGGCAUGCAAGAAGUGGGUGCUGAUGCUGCUGGCGCUGCUGCUGGGGUUCUCUGGCCGCCUGGACGAGCUCAAGAAGAAGGACCUCGUGCAGGCCAUUGCUUCCACUGAUGCAUGGAAGGAGUAUGACACGCGGCGCGAGGCGGGUCAGAAUAAUAUGCCUAAUGGCAGGGAGGACCCUAGUGGUGCAGGGGAAGGGCUUGAGAGUGUCAGGCCACUCGGAGUCGGAGUGGAAAGGUUUCAAACGGAUGGGGCCUUGGAAAUGGACGAGGGGAGCCGGGCUGCUGGGGGGGCAGCAGAGCCAGGAGGAGCAGCAGGAGCAGGAGUAGCAGGAGCAGCAGGAGCAAUAGGAGCAGCAGCAGGAGUAGCAGGGCAAGAAUCCGGGGUUGUAGCAGACAGGGGAAGCACACAUGCAUGUAUCCCUGCCGCUGCCGCUGCUGCCCCUUAUCUUCCUCUCCCUGUUCCUCCCACCACUGCCAUCCCUGCCACUUCUCAUGCCACCACUGCUCCUGCCUAUGCCACUGCAGCUAAUGCCCCUGCUAAUGUCACACCUUCUACUAAUGCACUUGCUAAUAAUGGUACUACAGCUAUUGUUUAUAAUGCUACUGUCCCUGCCGUAAAUGGGGCUACUUCUAGAAAAAGGUCCGCACCAGGGAGGAUUCGGCCAAUCAAAUGCGCCCGUCUGCUGCCGGCCUCCCGCCAGGACCGGUCGGCGUUCCUCGUCCGCGUGCGGCAGGUGGGGGAGGAGGAGCUGGGCGGCGUGCUUCGGCAGUUUCUGGAGGACCCAAAGAACUGGGCGUGUGCGCUGAAAGGGGGCGUGGUUGUAACGAGACUGGGGAAGUUUAUAAGGGAGAUGGCGGAAAAAGAUCCGAAGAUGCUAGAGCCGUACCAGCAGGCCUUCUUCGCCCACGGCAUAGGCUUGGACGAGCUGAGGCGGGAGAAGCGCACGGCUCUGGAGCUGUUUGCAUACCUCUUGGGAGUCACCGGCAACAUGCGCGCAUGGAAGAAGCACCGAUUGCUCAAGAUCAUAUCCGAUAUGCCAGCCUGGCAGAUUCACGUGACGCGAUUGGCUGAGAUGGGCGGGUGGGGAGGGGGAGGGAAGGGGAGGUGGGGGGGGAGGAAGGGUGCUGGUGGGGGGGAGGAUAAGGGGGAAGGAUAUGGGUUGGGGGGCGGAGAGGGGGAGGAGGACGAGGAAGGGGAGGAGGAAGAUGAUGAGGAAGGAGGGGAGGAAGGAGGGGAGGAGGUGAAUGAGAGAGAGGGAGGGAUGGAGAGUGCAGGGGGAGCAGUAGCACUUGCACCAGUAGCAAAUGGGUCUGCUUUUGAGUCGACUCAAGAGCAGGUGAAUGAGGGAGAGGGAGUGGGAGUGGUAGAGAGUGCGGGGAUAAAAGUAGCACUAGCACGAGUAACAAAUGACGCAUGCGUUGCAGCAACGAGACCAUCUGUAGCAUCAGGAUUGAAACAUGUAGCAGAAGCAGAAGCAGCUCCAGAUGCUGUCGCCGCUGCACCAGCUGUAGCAGCAGCAGCGCCAGCUGUCGCACCAGUAGCGGCGGUGGGGAAUGGAGCAGCAGGAGCAUCCGUAGCAUCAGUAGCUGCAGCAGCAGCCGCAGCGGCAGCUGUAGCACCAGCAGUACAGGACGGAUCAGCAACAGCGGGGAUAUCUGCAGCAGCAGCAGCAGCAAGAUUCUUACCUACUGUAGCAGAAAUAGUGCCAAUGGUGUGGUCUGUAGCAGGAGAGUUCAUGCCAUCUGUAGCAGCAGGAUCCGUGCCGGCUGUAGCAGAGCCAGGAGCAACAGGAGGGAGUGCGGUGGCGGCUGUAGCAGAGGCAGGGGCAGCAGAGGCAGCAGGGCAGGGUGGGGGCAGCAGGGACAAAGGCCGGAGGUGGGAGUGGGUGGAUGGGUGGGGAGAAUGGAAAGGGCGAGGAGAGGAGAGGGAUGAUGAAGGGGAGGAUGGGAGGAGUGAGGGAAGAGAGGGAAGUGCAGAGGGGGGAGGAGGAGGAGGAGGAGGAGGAGGGCGAGCCUUGAGUUAUUCUCUGGAGCCACGAGCCACGUGGUUAGAAGAGCUGCCUCUGAAUGGUUCCCUCGUGAGAGCUACUUCUGCUCGCUGUCUCCCAAUAGCUGGCCUGGUGCACUGGCAGAGGAGGACGACUCUCCAGGCCAAGGCUUUGCAGACAGGGGAGAAGGGGGAGGGGAAAGGGGAGAAUGGGGAGGAGGGGCGGAGAGGGGAAGAAGUUGAGGGGAUGACGCAGGAAGGGAUUUGUGAUCUGAUCCACUCAGCAGGCUCGGCUGAAGCGGUUGAGAUGGAUGCUCAAGAGAGGGAGGCUCAAGAGAGGGAGGCUCAAGAGAGGGAGGCUCAAGAGAGGGAGGCUCAAGAGAGGGAGGCUAUGGAGAUGGAUCCUAUAGCGAAGUGUGUGUCUCCCUUGACUGUGGGAGCAACUGCAGCAAUAGCUGAAGCAGCAGCACCGCCACUAUUACUAGCAGCACCUUCAGAUGAAACGCCUCCUGCACCAGCACCAGCACCAGCACCAGCACCAGCACCAGCACCAGCAGCAGCACCAGCACCUGCAGCAACAGCACCAGCAACAGCACCAGCACCUGCAGCAACAGCACCAGCACCUGCACCAGCACCUGCAGCAACAGCACCAGCAACAGCACCAGCACCUGCAGCAACAGCACCAGCACCUGCAGCAACAGCAGCAGGACUACUGCAGCCACUACUGCCACGAUCAGCAGCUUCACUCGAAACACCAGAUGCAGCAGUAGCAGUAGCAGUAGCACCACCACCACUACCACUAUCAGCACCAUUGGACGCAGCAUCACCUGCAGCGUCAGUCGCACCUGCAGCAGCAGCAGCAGCAGCAGCAGCAGCAGCAGCAGCAGCAGCAGCAGCAGCAGCAGCAGCAGCAGCAGCAGCAGCAGCAAUGGCAGCACCAGCACCAUCGCCACAGCUGCCGCCAGUGCCAUUACCACCACCGCUUCAAAGCGAUUCAGCUGCAGCAGAAGCUGCAGAAGCAGCAGCAGCAGAAGCAGGAGCAGCAGCAGCAGGAACAGUAGCAGCAGCGGCACAUGAAACCAAACCAGCAGCUGUCGCCGAACCAGCAGCAAUCGCCGAACCAGCAUAUGAAACUGAGCCACCACUGGUAGUUGAUACCACACGGGAUUUGUCUACAAGAGGCACAAGAGCGCCAGAGGCUAGAGCAGCAGAGGCUUUAGCGCUAGAGGCUGUCGCAUCAGAGACCAUUGCGAGUGGUGCAGUGGCCUUAACAAUUGGUGCAGUGGCCUUAACAAUUGGUGCAGAGGCUUUAGAUGGGAUUUCAGAGGCUCUAACAAGUGGUGCAGUGGGGUUAUCAGGGGUUGCAAUGGCACCUGCAUCCCUCCUUAUCCCAGCAGCAGCAGCACCGGAAGCAGCAGCAGCAGCGCCAGCAGCAGCACCAGCAGCAGCUCUUGCAGCCAUCCCUAUCCCAGCACCACCGCCAGCAGCACCACCAACACCAGCAGCAACAGCUGCAAGAGCAGAAAUUCUGCCUCCCCCAAGGCACCUGGUUGCACCUAUGGCAGCAUCAGCAGCAGCCCCACCACCAGCACCACCAGCAGCAGCAGCAGCACCAGCAGCACCAGCAGCACCAGAAGCACCGGCAGCACCGGAACCACUGGCAGUACCAGUAGCACCAGCAGCACCAAAGGCAGUGUCGUUUCAAGAGCUCAUUUUUGCCGAUGGGAGUCUGGAGGAAGAGGAAGAGAGGCUCGGCCAGCUCUGGGAGGAGAGGGAAGACCCGUGUGCUGAUGAAGGGAGGGAUUGUGGAGGGAACGAGGGGGGGUGUAUGGGUGAUGGGCCAUGGCUAGUCGAGCCAGCACUACAAGCAGAGGACGAGGAGACGGGUGCGGCAGUGGCUUUGGCUUUAGGGGCCUGUCAAGAUGCGCUGGGGGAAUCUUCAGGAGCAAAGGAGUCACGAGUGGCAUUUGAGUCGUCACUACCAGCAGAGGAGGACGAGGAGACGGGAGCAGUGGCGGGUCUCUUUCUGGAGUUUGCGAGGGACCCGGCAGAGUGGGGCCUGGCGGACGCUCAGAGCAGAGCCAAGGUGCCUCGCUUCUUCCGCUUCCUCAGGCACCUGCAAAGAAUAGGCUCGCCCCUACUCAAGGCCUAUCGGGAGAUCGUCUUAUCCCACGGCUUCACCUCCCCUCAACUCCUCAACGUGAAGAAGCAGUCGCUCAUGCUCUUUGCCGCGCUCUUCGGCUAUCGGAGGCAGCUGGACGGGAAGAACAAGGGGCAGUACGCCGCUAUCAUCACCAAAUCCGCUUUUUGGAGAGAGCCGGGGGAGGGACAGGGACAGGGGCACGGGCACGGGCACGGGCAGGGGCCGAUUGCUGCGGUAAAGCUAGCAAGUGGCUUGUUGGGCGGGGAAAGAGAGCGGACACAGGAGGGGCCGCAGCAGGGGGAAAGGGCAGCACAAGGGUGUGCGUGUACUGGUGCUGUGAGUGACGGAGGGGAAUCAGGUAUGGGCUGUUUGGGCUCCUUUGUCUCAGAAGCCAUGGGCACUACGUUUAUCCCUGUGCAUGCUCCCUGUGAGUUUGCCGCUGCUGCGGCUGCUGCUGGUGGUGGUUCUUUACCACCAGAUGUGGCAGCGGCUGCAGCAGCAGCAGCAGCAACAGCAGGAGCAGCAGCAGCAGGAGGAGGAGCAGCAGCAGGAGCGGGUGUGGCAGAAGCGGCAUCAGAAGGUGGAGGAGGAAAAGCGGGUGAUGGGCCGGGGACGAGAGGCGGGCUGAGAUGGAUGAAAAGACACAUCCGAGUGCAGCAGGUGAGUGAGGGGGCAGAUGCAGUCACUAUGGAAAUACCAUCAGCUGCAACACGAGCAGCAGCAGCACCACCACCAGCAGCAGCAGCUGCAGCAGCUGCAGCAGCAGCACCAGCAGCUGCAGCAGCUGCAGCAGCAGCAGCAGCAGCAGCAGCAGCAGCAGCAGCAACAGCAGCAGCACCAGCAGCAACAACAGCAGCACCAGCACCAGCACCAGCAGCAACAGCAGCAACAGCAGCAGCAACAGCAGCACCAGCAGCAGCAGCAACAGCAGUUCCAGCAGCAGCACCAGCAGCAGCACCAGCAGCAGCACCAGCACCAGGAGCACCAGCAGCAGCAGCACCUGCAGCAGCAGCACCAGCAGCACCAGCAGCACCAGCAGCAGCAGCAGUAGCAGCAGCAACAGCAGCAGCAGCAGCAGCACCAGAAGCAGCAACAACACGAACAGCAGCAGCGACGCCUAUAGCCGCCCUAUCAGCUAGUGCUGCUCCGGCACCACCUUCAGAAACCACUCUGUAUGCAGCAGCCCCAGCACCCAAUGUAUCCACAGCCACUGCAACAGCAUUAGAAUCUCUUGCAGGCACUGCACCGGCGCCUAAUGCUGCAGCGGCAGCACCAGCACCCGGUGUUGCCACUGCUGCAUCAGAAUCUAUUGCACACACUGCACAAGCACCUACUGCCACCAACCCCCCUCCCUCACUUCCCACUGCCACCAACCCCCCUCCCUCCCUUCCCACUGCCACCAAACCCCCUCCCUCACUUCCCACUGCCACCAACCCCCCUCCCUCCCUUCCCACUGCCACCAACCCCCCUCCCUCACUUCCCACUGCCACCAACCCCCCCCAUCAGGGUCCUCCUGUCCCUCCCCUAGUGCCAUCUUCCCUCCCUUGUGUCCCUCACUCCUCUUACCCCAUCUCUUCAGCUCUCCCCCCACGAAAACGUUCGCUCUCAGAACUGCUGCUCCUGCAAACCGGAUGUAUCGCUACAGACCUGCAGGCUCGGCCCGAGCCUGAGCUCGAGCCUGUGCCUGAGCUGGAACCUGUGCCCGAGCCUACGCCCGAAGCUGCUUUUAAAUCGAGGGAGCAGGAGAGCGGGGGCAGGGAACAGAAUAGCAAGGGGAGAGAGGAGGAGGAAGAGACCGGUGGGGUGAAAAAGAGAAAAGGGGUGGAGAAGGGAGGGGAGGGGAAGAGGAGGAAGGGUGAUGGAGAAAGAAAUCGCCAGGAGGAAAGACCACUAGAGCUGGCAGAUAGAGGGUGUUCAGGAGACGGGAGGGGAGUGAAAAGGAGGCGGGAAGAUAUGAUGGAGAAUGAUCAUCACAGUGAUGAUGUUUAUAACGAGGAUGACUGCAUUUCUGAUGGUAGGGAUGGUGGUGGUGACUGCAACGUUGGGGGUGAUAAACACGCCGGGUGCUGCAAUAGGGGCAUCGGCAAAGGUGAUGCCUUAGAGAACGAUGGUGGUGGGGGGGACGCGAGUCCAGAGGGGAUUGGCUUUGGGGAAGGCCAUGCGAGGCAAGAUGGGCAGCAGAAGCAGUUGUUGGUGCAAGGCGUGACUCUUGGGGGGCAGGAAUGUGGGGGGGACUGGAUGGCAGUGCCAGACGGUGAGCUGCUUAGUGCUGUACGGGGGCACCUGAUAAAGGAGAUGGAGGUGUGUGCAGGUUUGAGUGACUGUAACGGGGGUGUGCGAGCACCCUGGUGGUGGCAACGGGUGGUUGGUGGAUGCAACUGGUCAGGAGCCUCAUCAGGUGCCCCCUCAGCAGCCUUUUCGGGUGUUCCCUCGAGAGAUGCAUCAGGUGUUCCGUCAGGUGCCAACCUCACGGCAGGUGCUCUGCUGCAGCUGGACAGGCUGUGUCAGGAGUCCAGCAAGUUUGAGGGUGAUUUUGGGUUUCAGACUAGUGCUCCUCUCGAAGGGCCCCAGGCGGUUAGAGGCCGUAUUGCAAGUGGUGGUAUGCAGCUGUGGGGGGAUGGUAGGGUGGUUGCCAGGGGAGACAGGGUAGGCAGGGGAGGCAGGGGAGGCAGGGGGGGAAAGGGCGAGGGGGGCGGAGAAGUGAAAGGCAUAGGAGGGGCAGGAGCAGGGGAGGCUGCGCAUGGGGAGGGUGCAGCAGUGGGAGUGUUGCAGGGAGGGAGGGAGGGUUUGGGAGGAGGGGAGGGUUUGGGAGGAGGGAAGGAGGGUUUGGGAGGAGGGGAGGCGGGUUUGGGAAGAGGGAAGGGUUUGGGAGGAGGGAAGGAGGGUUUGGGAGGAGGGGAGGGUUUGGGAGGAGGGAAGGAGGUGCUGAGGGGGGGCAGGUGGCAACGGGCAAUGCAGCUUAGCCUGCUGGCAGCAGUUGUUGCUGAGUGCGAGGCUUUGAGUGCGAGGCUUUGAGUGCGAGGAUUCGAGUGUGAGGCUUUGGGUGUGAGGCUUUGAGUGUGAGGCUUUGAGUGGGAGCGCAUUCCUUCUGAACAGAUUUCAGGAUCAGGCUCCCUGAUUUUGGCCCCUGAGCCUGCCGUUUUGCACUGCUGCAUAUCGCGUUAGCGUUCAUGUACCGUAUUAGCCCGGAUAGAAGACUUAUGGGUCUUAUCACAUACCGUUUGGAAAUAGUCAAACGGGUCUUAUAAACGGAGAAAAAACGG